AAAAUAACUGAUCAAACUCAGAUCGGUGAAAUAAAAAAAUCAGACAUUAAAAUUUUGAAAUUAUUAGUUUCGUCUAUCUAUCAACUAAACGGCACGGUUAAAUAUUUAUCUUUUUAGGAAAAUGAAAGCAGAAGAAAUCCAGUCUAUUAAGCCAAAAGAAAUUGGACGUCGAUCUCCUUCUGAGGAAAAGUUAGUUAAAAGUGCUGAUAAAGUUGUUGACCAUCAAGGUAUUGAUUUUCAAGAUAAAGAAAUAUUAGUACAACAAGAUGAUACACAAGUUGACGAUCAAUGUAUUGAAAAUGAAGAUGACAUUGAUACAAAAACACGUGAAAAUCAAGCAACCACCACUCAAUCAUCCGAGAAUCCAAAAGAGGAAACCGAUAAUUUGGGUAAUGCGUCAUCUUCAUCAGUCGACUACAAACGUUUAGUAUUGUGGCGCAAUCCGCGGUUGACUUUAUUUUACUGUCUUAAAGAACUGCUUCUUUACACACAAAAAAUGCUUGACAAAGCAAUCCAAUGCCGGAAGGUCAUCUAUGUUGUAAUCCUUCUUCUUGUUGUAUCCCGAUGUCUUGUCUACUCGUUCUUUUCAAACCACCCAUUUGUACUACGGGUGCAGCAGAAGUUCCUCAGGUGCAUUUAUUGGUUCUCCCUAGGGAUGUUGUCUUCUGUAGGGUUAGGGACAGGAGUUCACACCUUUGCGUUGUACUUGGGUCCUUACAUAGCCUCAGUGACUGUAGCAGCCAAUGAAUGUGGCUAUCUUGACUUUGGAGAGCAAGCCAAUCAGACCACACACUGCCCUCAAGAUUCCGACCAUAGACAAGUCGCUACGUUGUGGAACAUCAUGAGCAAAGUACGUUUGGAGUCUUACAUGUGGGGCCUGGGCACGGCUGUAGGGGAACUUCCACCUUACUUCAUGGGUAGAGCCGCAAGAAUCUCCGGGGAAGAAAAAGACGCGCUUCUGGAGAUCGAAGAGCUAGAAAGAAAAUCUCCGGAAUCUCUCACGUUCUUGGAUCGAGUCAAGUUAAGCGUGAGAUACUUGGUAGUCGAAGCUGGAUUUUGGGGGAUCCUCGCAUGCGCGUCAAUUCCAAAUCCCUUUUUCGAUUUGGCAGGAAUCACAUGCGGUAGUUUCCUGGUUCCAUUUUGGACAUUUUUCGGAGCGACUGUCAUCGGCAAAGCCAUAAUCAAGACAACCAUCCAACAAGUAUUUGUUAUACUUUCGUUCAACAAUUUCUUUCUCGAUUGGGUGUUUGAGAUGGUUUCUAAAAUACCAAUGGUUGGUGGUCGGUUGGAAACUUACUUCUCGGAAUAUAUAGCCAAGCAGAAGAAGAAGCUAAGUGGAGACAGGGUUGUUGAUAAUGCAAGUAGCGGAUGGUUUUCCAUGCUGUACCACGGCUUUGUUGUGUGCACAUUUUUUCAUUGUUUUGUAUCAAUUAUCAACUCUUUAGCUCAAAGUCACUUCCGGCGUCUUGAACGAGAUGAAAGUAACAAGUGUAAAUAAAAAUUGUAUGCUAAUUUUGCUUUA